AUGUACACCGCUAUCCAGAAGAAUGAGUGUCCCGGGCAUGCGCAUGGCUCGGCCUCGCCUCUGGCGGCAUCGCCGUACCCUAUGGGCGGCUCGUACAUGUAUCCGACUCCACUGGCUACCUUCUCCUUUGCCAUGGGCUCGCCGUCGUCAGGAUACGCCCCCGCCUCGCCCCGGGCGUAUCCGGCCGUAUCCUCGCCUCGGGUCCCGCCUGUUCUCCGCUCCGUAUCCUCGCCUAGAUCGCCCGCCCACUACGGCUACGGCUACGGCUACGGCCUCGGCCCAUCAUUCCCGUCACCAACCGCAUCGCCGACAGCCUUUUGCGCCUCCCCGACUGCUGCGCGACAUAGCUCGUCCCGCCCCUCGCCCUCGGCCCCGGUCACCAUUCCGCACUCGGGCGCCGAUGUCAUCGUCGAGCUCCCCACGGCCGCUGUCACCACCGAUCCCGAGACCAAGGCCGACACCGGCACCGACACCGACGCCGAGACCGACACUGACGCCACACCCACCUCGUGAUCGAACCCCCCUUCCCAAGAGGCUGACCCAAACCCGACCCGACCAGCGCAUGGCCCGAGCUCGGGCCGCUCGACCUCGACCCAGCUCCUCUCUCACCCACCACCACCCCACCCUGUACACCGACCUUUCAAACCCACACUUACACCAAACACAGAGGCGC